AUGGCCCAGGACCCUCACCAAAUUGCUCAACUCGUCCAAAUCCUCGAAGCCUCCAAAUCGAAGGGCAAACCCCGAGGCAAGAAGAGUUUUUCGUGUAAGAAGACUACCUUCGAGGUUGAAGGAACUCAUGGCAUCACCGUCGACUCCUGGCGUUUCCAAGAAUGGGACUACAAACGAGACGACCUUCCCACCUACGCUCGCGGACUCUUCACCACCCACAGAUCAGAUGGUACUCCGGAAAUCUGCAUUCGUGGAUACGACAAGUUUUUCAACAUCAACGAGGUGGCCAGUACACAAUGGCGCAACAUUGAGCAGGAGACGGCUGGACCUUAUGAGCUAAGUGUCAAGGAGAACGGGUGCAUUAUCUUCUUCUCUGGACUUGAAGAUGGCACUUUGCUGGUUUGCAGCAAGCACUCCACCGGCACGCGGUCCGAUGUUAAUGAGAGUCACGCAAAUGCAGGCGAGAAAUGGAUCAAGAGACAUCUAGAAAGCGUCGGGAGGACCACGAGAGACCUGGCAAGACGGUUGAGAGAGAUGAAUGCCACCGCCGUUGGCGAGCUAUGUGACGACCGAUUUGAAGAACACGUCCUUGAAUACCCACCAGAAGCAGCAGGGCUAUAUCUUCACGGCAUCAACUUCAACCUCCCGGAAUUUGCCACGCUAUCGGGCCCAGAAGUGCACGAGUUUGCCGACCAGUGGGGGUUCAAGAAGGCACAAUAUGUUAUGAUCCAGACACUCGAUGAGGUCAAGCAGUUCCUCAACAAAUGUGCUGAGACGGGUUCUUGGGAAGGACGGGACACGGAAGGAUUUGUGGUUCGAUGCAAGAAAAGAAGUAAGGAUCGGGAUAGAGCCCCGGACUGGUUCUUCAAGUUCAAGUUUGACGAGCCAUAUCUCAUGUACCGACAAUGGCGUGAGUGCACCAAAGCCGUAAUCUCCGGCAAGCCUCCCAAGUACAAGAAGCAUCAGAAGAUCACCGAGGCGUAUCUGCUCUACGCGCGCCGUCAACUAGCCAAAGAUCCGUCCUUGGCGAAGGCCUAUCAGCAGAAUCAUGGCAUCAUCAGAAUGCGAGAUGGCUUUUUAGCGGAGAUUGGCAAGAAGGGGUCGGACAUAAUCAAGCAAGAGGAGGCCGAAGGCCAUGGCGCGGGACAUGGCGCUGAAGUCAGCAAUGUUGUCCUCAUUCCCAUUGCAACAAUUGGAUGUGGUAAGACAACUGUUGCAACUGCGCUGGUGAAACUUUUCGGAUUCGGGCAUAUUCAGAAUGACAACAUCCAAGGCCAGAGAGGUCGUCCAGCGCGGUUCGCCCUCGGUAUAACCAACCUCAUGGCCACUCACAAAGUGGUCAUUGCUGAUCGCAACAACCAUCAACGCCGAGAACGUGCGCAGAUUAUGGAGGACAUCAACAAGGUAAUCCCCGACGCGAGAUUUGUGGCGCUGCAUUACGUCCAUGAGCCAAAAGUUCAAAUGCUCGACGAGAUUCGCAAAGUCACUCGCCAGCGUGUCCUGGAACGCGGAGAUAAUCACCAGACCAUCCGAGCGGAGAGCAAAGGACCGCAGGAGAUUAUUGGGAUCAUGGAAGGCUUCCUGGAUCGCUUUCAGGGAUGCGACACCAAUGCCGAGCCUGAUUCUAAUUUCGAGGAAGUCAUUGAUUUGGAUGUCUCUGCGUCGUCUCUGGAGAACCUGGAGACGGUAGUCACGCAUCUGUACAACGCAUACCCUGGACUUCUCCCAGAAGAGAUGACCAGUGACGAGGACAUGCAGGCCGCCAUAGAUUUUGCCCUCGGCGAGGAGGUUACUACCAAGCACGAUCUAUCCUUCAGCAAGCCAACUUCUAGCGAGAAGUCUCAAAAACAGCAGAAGCCGGCACAGAGCCAGCCGCAAAAGGCGCUGACGAUCGACCAGCUGAUGGGUAAACUUGAAUACUUCAGUAUCUCGGUUCCUGCCCCAAAGAUCAACUCGAUCCUGGGCUCGUUGUUCGACCACGCUCCUGCCGAAGAAGCACGUAUGUACCGGACAUUGAAGCAGUCUCGACGGAUCCAGAGCGAGUUCCACGUGACAUUGAUCCAUCGCGCUUCGGCGACGCAGAACCGGAAGUUAUGGGAAACUUAUACAGAGGAGUUCCAGAACGCGAUCAACGGUAAGGACCUCAAGGACAAAAGUCAAGUCGCUGCAACACUCGGGCAAGCACGCGUCAAACUGGAGAGAGUGGUGUGGGAUGAUCGGAUCAUGGCGUUCGUUGUCCGGAUAUACCCCUCUGGAAAUGGAGCUUCGUGGAUGAGUGCCAAUCCGAUCACGCACAUUACAGUGGGCACAGCAGGAGCAGACAUCAAGCCUGUGGAGAGCAACAGUUUGCUUGCUCGGUGGGAAGCAGGAGAUACAAUUGACCGGCCAAUUCAUGACAAGGAAGUUUCAGGAGGAAUCGUUCUCGACGGCAUUGUCAAGCCAGAGUUCCAGCGAGGAUUUCUGAAGUAG